CUGAAAUGACAACGUUAUUUGGACUGGUGGAGCCAGGCUGGCGGGCGUUAAGACAAAUAACGAAUCAAUAUUUCCUGAUCGAUGAUCCGCGGGGGGCCUCCUUUCAGUUUCGCCCUCCUCCCCUUCAACUUCACCGCUGCCGUCUCCGCAUCUUCCCUCUUCUCCUUCUCUUCCUCUUUCCUGCACAUCUUCUCUACUACUCAUCCGCGUGCCUCUUGACCCAUUUUAAGAUUUCUUUUCUGUAUAUUCCUUUCUUCAUAGCCUCCCACCUGCAACUUUACACACCAUGGAGGAGAUUGCCCCCGAGUAUGAUGUUGUGGUGCUCGGCACUGGGUUGACCGAGUGUGUCCUCUCGGGUGUUCUCAGUGUCAAGGGAAACAAGGUGCUUCACAUCGAUCGCAAUGAUCACUAUGGAGGUGAGGCUGCCUCGGUGAACAUUGAGACUCUGUUCAAGAAGUACGGCAACGUCAAGCCCGGCGACGAGCCCUGGAAGAAGUAUGGUCGCGUCAACGACUGGAACAUCGACUUGGUCCCCAAGUUGCUCAUGGCCAACGGAGAGUUGACCAACAUUCUGGUUUCCACCGAUGUUACGAGAUACCUCGAGUUCAAGCAGAUUGCUGGCAGCUACGUCCAGCAAGGCAAGGGUCCCAAGGCUACCGUUGCCAAGGUGCCCUCUGAUGCUGGUGAAGCUCUGCGCUCAUCUCUCAUGGGCAUGUUUGAGAAGCGGAGAGCUAAGAAGUUCCUGGAAUGGGUUGGUGAAUUCAAGGAGGAUGACCCCUCCACCCACCAGGGUCUGAACGUCCACAACUGCACAAUGAAGGAAGUGUACGACAAGUUCGGACUGGAGGCCAACACCUGUGACUUUGUUGGUCACUCCAUGGCCCUGUACUCGUCCGAUGAGUACAUCCACAAGCCGGGUAUGGCUGUCGAGACCAUCAACCGCAUCCGUUUGUACGUGAACUCGAUGGCACGCUACGGAAAGUCCCCCUACAUCUACCCUCUCUACGGUCUGGGCGAGCUUCCCCAGGGUUUCGCUCGUCUGUCUGCUAUCUACGGAGGUACCUACAUGCUCAACACCUCUGUUGACGACGUUCUCUACGACGAGAGCGGCAAGGUUUCCGGCAUCAAGGCCACCAUGAAGGACCGCGACAACGAGGCCGAGUCCAUGACUUUCUCCACCAAGACCAAGAAGAUUCUCGCAGACCCCUCAUACUUCCCUGGAAAGGCCAGAGUCACCGGCUACCUGCUGAAGGCCAUUUGCAUCCUGAACCACCCCAUCGACAAGACCGACAGCAGCGACUCGCUGCAGCUGAUCAUCCCCCAGUCGCAGGUCGGCAGAAAGCACGAUAUCUACAUCGCCAUGGUGUCGUCGGCUCACAACGUCUGCCCCAAGGGCUACUACAUUGCCAUCGUCUCCACCAUUGCCGAGACGGAUGCCAACCACCACCUGGAGCUGGAGCCUGGGUUCGAGCGCCUGGGUAAGAUUGAGGAGAAGUUCAUGGGUGCUCCUAUUCCCCUGUAUGAGCCUAUCGAGAGCGGUGAGAAGGACAACAUCUUCAUCUCGAAGAGCUACGAUCCUUCGUCCCACUUUGAGACCACAACCGACGACGUGCGGGACAUCUACCGUCGCGCGACGGGCGAGGAGUUGGUUGUUGAGGGUCUCCGGGAGGGCCAGAAGCUUGCGGAGGAGUAAGGAAAUCUCCGUGGAAUGCAUACUGGGGUAAGGUAAUAUCUUGACGCUACGGGCGCUUUUGAAUCGAGUCAUCCUAAUUUCUUUUGGACUUUCUCUACGCUCAUGAAUCAUACCACUAUUGGACUCGCACACUCACUUGGGUUCUGUGUCUUGAAGUAGUAGUCGGGCCUGCAUAUACAUCAGUUGACCUGAUAAGUUGGUGUCCGGUGCACCUGACGUGUGAAUAAUUCUAUCUUGAC